GGCCCGAUACCACGUGUUUGUACUCGUACUUGUAUCCGUAAAUGUGUACCGAUACUACAGGGCCGGAUACUAGCAUACAUUUCAAGCAGCGAAGAAGACCGCAGUGUGACGUCAAGAACCUGCCAGCCAGAGUAUAGAGAAGGAGGGAGCGAACACAAAAAGAGAGUUAGCAUGUCCGCUAUUUGGAAAUAUUUCCAAGUGAACGAGGACGACAAAAGUAAGGCUGUUUCCAAAAUAUGCAAAUCAAAGUUUUCAAGGGGAGGAACAAACCCUAAUAGUUACAACACAAGUAACCUAAUAAAACAUCUUAAGACGCAACAUGAUGCCGAAUACAAGGAGUUCUCUCACAGCGGUGGGAAACUACAACAACCAACUUUGCCGCAAAUGCUGAAGAAGCGGGAGAAGAUGUCCAGAGACAAUCCACAUGCAAUGAAGAUAACAGAAGCUCUUACCCAAUACAUUGCCCUGGAUGACCAGCCAUUAUCCGUCAUUGAAGAUAUUGGAUUCCGACGUCUUCUGAGUGUACUGGAGCCGAGGUAUGAAAUUCCUAGUCGCCAAUACAUCACUGACCGGGAGCUGCCGAAACUAUAUGACUUUGUGAAAAGACAUAUUCAGAGCCUUUUGCAAGAUGUCUCAGCGAUUAGCUUGACAACUGAUAUCUGGACGAGCAGCGUAAGCCCGGUGUCACUCAUUAGCCUAACUGCGCAAUGGGUUGACAAAGAUUUUACCCUGCAGAGGGCUGUCUUGCAUGCAAAACAAUUUCGGGGAUCACACACUAGCCAAGCCAUCGAGGAUGUGUUUGAUGAGAUGCUCCGGAAGUGGGGCGUUCCCAAAACUUUGAUUCAUGUUGUGCUACGUGACAAUGCUAAAAACAUGAUAAAAGCCAUGACGGAUGCCGGAUUUCAGAGCCUUCCAUGUUUCGCGCACACACUCCAGCUGGUGGUUAACGAAGGGCUUCUGGUCCAGAGGAGUGUGACUGAUGCUGUCGCUAUCGGCCGGAAAAUCGUAAGACAUUUUAAACACUCCACGUUAGCUUACUCACGGCUGGAAGAUAUUCAGCUGCAGCUCAACCAACCAACAAAAAGAUUGCAACAGGAUGUACAGACCCGCUGGAACAGCACAUUUUACAUGAUACAGUCUCUCAUUGAGCAGAAGCGUGCUCUUGGAAUAUAUGGAUCUGAAAACGAGCUUCCAGAGAAUCUCGCCGCUCACCAGUGGGCACUUUUGGAAAAAACUGUCGCUGUUCUGGCUCCGUUUGAAGAGCUUACAAGAAAAGUAAGCUGCUCUGAUGCAUUGGCAUCAGAUGUGAUCCCUGCUGUGACUGUGCUUCUCAGAAUCCUGAACAGAGAAACUGAUGAUGAUCAGGGUAUCAAAACAAUGAAGUCGACCUUAGCUGCAGCUGUGAAGAGGCGCUUCACUGACAUGGAGAAGAUCCCCCUCUACUGCAUUGCAAUGCUACUGGAUCCAAGGUACAAAGAUCGUUUUUUUCUCAAACGUCAACAUUGCCAUGGAUGCCAAAGAAAUGCUGAAGGUGUAAUUGCAGAGUGUGAAUACAGGAGAGCCAAAGGAGAAUCUUGAAGAGCCACCCGCCAGAAGGCUUCGUAUGACACAAGCUAGCAGCAGUCUGGACAGAGUUUUUGAGGAGAUAACGGAAGAACAACAGUCAUCUUCAACAAACCAUGCCACCCCAGUGGGUGCUGCCAUUCAGUUAGAGACCUACCUUGGAGAGACUACAAUUGCUCGAUAAGAAAACCCACUGCAGUUCUGGGGUGUUAAUAAAAUUCGGUUUCCUGCUUUGGCUAAAAUGUCCCAGAGGUACCUCUCAGCUCCAUGUACCAGUGUAGAAAGUGAGAGACUUUUUAGCUCAGUUUCACACAUCAUAAAUGAAGAAAGAAACAGAUUAAGUGCAGCAAAUGCAGAGAUGUUGCUUUUCAUAAAGAAAAACUUGCCCCUCACUUUCUUAAAAUAGGUUCCAACCUAAAAGACAAGCUUUACAAAAAGCAUUAUGUAAUUAAUUAGUUGCACAUUCACAGUUUGUGUUCAUUAUAUGUUCAGUUAUAUGUUUAAUUUGCCUAUAGGUAAAAACUGUGACAAGGCUGUUAAAACUAUUCAGUAAAUGUUAAAAUCUAUGUUAAACUAACAGGGUUGGUUAGACUAAACGUGAUGUUCUAUGUCUUAAAAUAUAAAAAGAGGACAGAUGUAUACAAUUAAAAUACACCAAGUGUAUUUCUGUUUGAGCCAAAUGAAAAUAAAAAAUUUUCAAAUUAA